AUGAUUAAACACUGCGUUGCUCCAUAUGGUUCACAUCUAAGUUCGCAACAAGGUUGAAUAUGGCAACGACUAUCAACCGACCUCCGCCAGCUCAUCCAGGACCAAAUGGAGGGAACCCGCACACUCACAGCGGUGGACCAACCUCUAUGCAGCAAGACCCAGGACUGCACGGCACCAGCCAAAACCCAGGACCUUCAUCCCAUCCCCAACACCACGUCCCUACUCGGCCUGUCUUCUACAUCCAUGCUCAACCCCCACCCCCUUUCCUCCAAUACCAGUGGCCCAUGCCCUUCUCCUAUAACCCCUUUACGGGCUUCCCAGGCAUGGGCUAUGGUAUGGUAAUACCCCCUUUCCCUCCUCCUCCCUACAUGGAGGCUCCAGCCUACAUUCUGCCCCACCCUCAACCAGUCGACUACAGACGUUUGCUGCAUCCCCAGGUCUACGCUCCCAGCGCACCCUACCAGAACCCUAACCAGGCCCGCAGAGUCCACCUCUCUUAUACGGGCCCUGUUCGGGAAACGGUUAACUCUGAGGUCCAAACAGAACCCACACGGAGAGGUGUAGGCGACUACGGUGAGGAAAGCCCAGUCGUCUGCACAGAUUCUGGGCGUGCAACCGCCUCGAACUCUUCAUCACCCUCAAGCUCCACCUCCGAAAAACGAAGCUCUGCCGAAGUUGAGAACUAUACCUUACCCGGCAGCGAUGCAAACGACAACCGGGUUAAAAGGACCAGCGCAAGUAGCACAGUCAAACACUGCUUUGACGUCCUGCAGCCUACGGGAACGAAGACUGUCCAGGCGCGUAUCAGAGCAACUCUAGAAGGGCAGCAGAGCCACAAAGACCAUGUCGAUCAGGAGAAUGUUCACCCUUGUGGAGAUGCUCACUGCAAUGUGUGGUCAGUGAGUUCUGCAGAUGGUAUGGUUCCUGUAUGUAGCUCUUCUCAACAAGAGGAGGUGGUUGUCCAAGAGAGACGCAUCUCUGUUCCUGACAUUCUGAUGAGUUGGGGAGAUGGCACGCCACAGGCAACAAUGGCAGACAAGCUGCCUCAGAUUGAUAUUGGAACUGAAGUAGAGCAUGAUCAAUCUGUUUACCAGAGUCCAACUGAGACUACAAAGGGUCCAGCGGUGGCUGACAGAGCUUUUGCUAAUGAUGCUGAAGGCAACUUAAGCUCAAGGGACAGUGCAACCCUUUUCAAGAUUCUCAAAAUGAGAGAAGCUCAUAUAGAGCGAAAGACUGAGUCCAGAAGAGAAAACGAAUCUAUGGGAUUGAUUGGCUCUGUUAGACAUGGCCCACCCUACAGAGAUGAAUGCCUGUAUUCACUAUACAAUUCCAAUAAGCUCCCUGAUGAUGAACAGGAAAAUGGCAAUGAGACAAAUCCACUCGAAGACACUGCAGACAUCAUUCCCUAUCAAAUGUCAUUCAAUAGCGGUCGGAUGAAGAGAAAAAUGAAUGAGUCUGUUUGGUCUGUGGAAUCUUUGGCACCCUUUAUCCCCACUAAAGAGUGGCUUUUGCAGAACAGCAUGUUUGAGCCUCAAGUAAUCGUUGAGAUGACGGAUGAGGCUGAAAAUGGUGCACUGUCAACCCAGAACAACCCAAUUGUCAAAGCUGGUAAAGAAAGGAAACAUACUCGCAGGUAUUCCUCCUCUGAUUCUGUUCUAAUGUCUGACAGCUGGCUCAUUUUCAGUACCCCCGCUGAGAAGCUAAGUCCACCAAAGAAACCAGAAACGGAGAGUGAAAUUGAUGCUUCUGAAAUGAGCCCAAAGCAAUGCCAAAACAUGGGUCCUUCACAAAAGGAUUCCUUCGCUUCCCCGACUCACCUGCUGUCACGCAAAAUAGUUUUAUCUACCGCCACUGAAGAAGACAUGGAUAGAAAUACAUCUUCUGAACCCGAGGCUAAUCCAAGCCCAAACCAGAAAUUGCUCAUUAUAAAUGAGCAGCAGGAGCAAUGCCCUCGCUCUCCCGAGCAGGAACAAACUCUUCUCUUGAACUCUGCGGCAGGCGAGAAAAUCUCCUCUGCAGGCCAGCUGAUUCUCCAGAACGGAGUGGACAUGGAGGCAGAGGAUGGAGUCAGCCAGCCGAGAAACGAGCAACUGUGUGCCCCGAUAGCGGACCUGAAGACGGCUGAAGUGUCUCCAUCAAAGGGACGUUUGGUGGACUGUGGCGUCCAGUGCACCGAAUUACAAGAGUGGAAUUGUAACUGCAAGGAGACAGGAAGUGGCAUGGGACCAAGCAGAAGGCAUCAUAUUAAAUACAAAGAUAAGAAGCCAAUCAAUGGCCAGGCUGAAGGACUCAACAUGAAGGGACAAAUGCAGAAAAACCAGAAGAAGAAUCACUGGAGGAACAAGGGUCAAGAAAAGCAAAGCAGCCAGCAGGAAGCCUACAAUGGAUACUAUGGGAAACACCAAGGUGGAAAUGGAAGGAACUCGCGGUACUGACUGCAUGCUACAAGACAGCACUUGGUUUUAAAGAUUCAAUUUAAUAUUUAAAAUGAAUUUCAAAUCAAAAAUGUAAUCCUUAUUUUUCAC